AUGUCUUCCUACGGCCUGCCUGGCGCUAGCCCCGCCGGCAGCGGCCCUGCGACGGAUACUGAGGCGAACCAGGACUUCCAGUCUUUGCUCGCUCAGCUGCGUCGCCAGUCGUCGCCCAGUCCCGGUCCUGGCGGUGGCAGCUCGGGCCCCGGUCCCGACAUGCUUCCUCCUCCCCAUGGCCAGUACGGCUACAAUAAUUACGCCGCCCAGCCCUACUAUGCGGGUGUGCACCACUCUGGUUCCGACUCGCCGAACGCGCCCAAUCCGAGCCAUGUGCAGACGUCAAUGGACUCGCCCGCUUUCCUGCCCGAGGCCCCGACGCCACCCGUGAGCUACUCGCACUCGCAGUACCCUCCCGGUCUGAUGAGCACUAUGAAUGCCACUCGUGCCGGCCCUCCUGCCCCUAGCGACGACCGCACUGCCCAUCUGCUAAAUCUGCUUAAGUACAACAGUCAGAAUGGUCCGCCCAGCACCUCUCAGCAGGCCUCUCGCGAGCCGCCCCUGCCCUAUGCGCCCGCGCCCAUCGGCCCACCUCCAGUUAUUCACGCUCCCGCUCCCGCAGCAGCUGACCCGACCGGCCUGCUAGCCGCGCUGAUGAAAGGAACUCUGCCUGAGACCUCCAAGCCCGAGCCUCCCUCGACGUCUACCUGGAACCAGGGUUCGCCCCCGACCGGCACCCAGCAGUACCUGUUGAACCUGCUCAACCGUCCGAAGCCCAGUCAGCACGGCGAUCUCCCCGAGGCCCCCCAGCCGCCCGUUAUGGACGAAAAGGAUGCUGAAAGCUCCCAUGGCGGCCGGUCGGCUGAGCCAACGCUCGUCGACACACUGGCGUCGCGCUCUGAGCUGGAUUACGAGCCUAAGAGCUUCGAAUCGCCGCCGCCCAAGUUCGACUCGACCCCGCAUUCACAGCACUCGCAUCCCGUCUCGAAGCCCCCUGUGCCGGCGGUUUUCCCUGGCUUUCAGGACGCCUACGACCAUUUGUCAGGCUCGUCGCCCAUUCACCGAACGCCCAAGACCUCCACGACACCGAGCGCUGCUGCUGAGACGGCCCAUCCUGUCGCCCCUGUGCCUACACAGAUCCUCAAGAAGCCGACUUCGGUUCAGCAUACGCCCGAGCAGAAGCGCAGCAUCGUUGAGACCCCCGAGCAUCUUCUGCGUAAGCCCGAGCAUUCUGCCUCGCCGGGCUCUCAGGGCAUUGCUGCUCCAAUUUUUCCUCUGCCGGCUGUGUCUGAUGCGUUACCCGUUCAGGAGAAGAAGGAGAGCGUCGCCGAUGCGGUUAGUGGUCUUGCUGAGCAGGCUGAUCGGGAGGCCAGGGAGGCUUUGGCCCGUGCCGAGUACGAACAGGCCCAGGCUCGCGAGCUGGAGCCGCCCGCUCCGGAAGAAGCCGCUCCUGCGGUACUCUCUCCUCCUAUUGCUGGAGAUCUGGCCUCCAAGCAGCAAGGUGAUGCAUUCCUGGCGUCUACUCUUGAUGUUGCGGUUGGCGUGAAGGAAGAAAAGGAUAGCGGUAACAACGCUGCCGCCCCGGCUGCCCAUGGCCCUGUCGCUGACAGCUGGGAGAGCGCCGAGGCCGAAGAGGCCCCGGCGCCCGAGGAGCCACCCGCGCCGGUCACCGUGUACAAUUUCCCAAUGAAACCUUGGAUCUCCAUCAGCCUGCAAGAGAUCGAGGAUACGCGCCCGGUCUUUCGUGAGGAGGCCAUCCUCGACAUUGCUCGUCUGAAGAAGGACUUUGACCAGAUGGAUAGGAACCUUGUCUCGGCCUCGGAGACGUACAUGGCUUAUGGUAUGUCCAAAGCAGGCGGUCUGCGUGUCAUCCGGCAGGAGGACGGUAAGGACGCCAAACUAUUCACUGACACAAAAGACCGCAUUUUCAACGUGGCUAUCUCCACCUCGGCUGCUCAUCAGCACCCUGGUAAGGAGGCCAUUAUCGGCACUGGUGUCAGCGGCACUGUUACGGCUUUGCCCUGCCCCCCCAUCCAGGCUCAGGAGGGCGGUGAUGCGCCCGGCGGCGUGCUUAAGACGCGCGCUCGCCCCUCGUCAAUGCAUCCCGAAUACUUUGCCGUCGGCCGCGGCAAGUCGAUCAACAUCAUCUGGCCCUCAUUCAUUUUUGAGAACAACCUGUUCAAGACGGGCCACGACCGCGUGGUCGAUACGGACCGCCUGAUGAAGCAGUGCUCGCUCAAGAUCAACACGGGUAAGGCCGGCAAGGACUUUACCUUCAGCCAGGACGAUACGGUCGUUGUGUCGCUCGACAAGUCCGGUCGCGUUAAGUUUUGGGAUGUGCGCGAGCUCACUGCCCCCAAGGAAGACUCUGACUUGCUCAGCCCGCUGCCAGCGCACACCUCGUUCGAGGUCAAGGAGCCGCUUAUGACGCUGACGACGACACCCGAGGGCGAGAAGGCCUGGCCCACUUCGGUGCUGCUGCUGGAUAAGUUCCGGCCGUACCAGAAGCGUGUUGCCCUUCGCUACAUGAUCGUCGGCAUGAAGCAGAACCACACGCUGCAGCUGUGGGAUCUCGCCCUGGGCAAGCCCGUGCAGGAGUUCAACUUCCCGCACAACAAGGAAUCAGACGCCGUGUGCAGUGUCAUGUACCACGCCGCCUCCAACAUGAUUGUCGUUGGCCAUCCCACGCGCAACUCCAUCUACUUCUUGCAUCUGUCUGCGCCCAAGUACAACCUUAAGAACAUGUCACAGGUUGAGUACAUUCAGCGCCUCGUCGCCCAAGACCCGUCCAUCCCGCAGCCGGAGUCGACCGCCGUCAUCAGCGGCAUCCGCGAGUACUCGUUUGCCAAUAAGGGUGUGUUGCGCAGCCUCAACAUCCUCGAGAACCCUGCGGCCUCGGGCGACGGCGAGGAGCCGACCCUCUUCGAGCUUUACGCCAUGCACUCUAAGGGUGUGACGUGUUUAUUUAUCAAGCAGGCAGAGCUGGGCUGGUCGAGAGAGAAUAAGGUUAUCUCACCUGCCGACGCGGUCGAGAGCGGUCUUGCUAAGAUCUCGAAACUUGUUCCACCGCCUCCUCCACCGCCGGCUGAGACUCAGCACGCCAACGCUCCAACCGAGAGUGCUGCACAGCCUCCACCGCAGAUUCGUAUUGCCACGCGUAACAAGGACGCUGGACUCAAGAUCCCAACCCCUCCGAGCGACGAGAAGACUCCCAAGAGCACUGCUGCCGAGUCGGGCUCGACGCUCAAGACCGAUCAGCGCAAGGAUAAUAACAAGGAGGAGGUCGAGCUGCCCGUUCCUGCGCCUGAAAGAACGGAGAGGAAGGGACGAAAGAAGAAGAGUUCGCAGCAGGCCGCCGCAGCUGUCAGUAAUGAUCACCCUGGGGCCAAUGCGCCGGGUGAAAGUAACAAUAAUCGCGCUACUCUCCAGAACAACAAAGCGGGCAAGGGCUCUCGCAACAUGACCGACAACAAUUUGACCGACGCCAAACAACAACAACAACAACAACAACAACAAGCUGCCGCAGAUCUCUCCCUCUUGUCCAGCGGUGUUUCCCAAGAGCAUCUUGAGAACAUCGUCAACAAGAUGGAGUCGCGCAUCGUCGCUAACAUCUCAGGUCGUUUCGAUGCGGUCUUUAACGAAAUCCUGAAGCAGAUGCAGACUUUCCAGGACAGCCGCGACUCGGCCUUUGCCAACAACCAGUCGACUCUCUUGCAGAUGGUCGCCGAUGUGCUCAAUGAUAACACCGAGGCCGUGCUCAAGAACCUUAUCAUCUCACAAAUUAACGACCAUGUCAUCCCGUCGUUGCGUUCCACCAUUGACAAGUCGGUUGCCGACCAGCUCGGCGCAAAGACGAGCGCGCAGAUCGGAGCCGUCAAGAACGAGGUCUCGCGCAACCUGAACCAGGCUGUCGCCAAUGCCAUGAUGAAGCCUGACGUUGCCAAAACUAUCACUGAGCGCAUCGUGCACAAUCUUGCCAUCACUGUCAGUUCCUCUGUCGAGAAGGAGGUCCAAAAGUCGAUUAGUACCCUGGCAAGCAAUGUGGCCAAGCAGACCGCCCAUCUCGUGCACCAACGCAUCCUUGAAGAUGUCGAUGCCCGUAUCCGCGAGGCCUUUCAGCACUUCGAAGAGCGGCGGCGCGACGAUGAUACCCGUCUCGACCGCUUAAUGGCUCAGACGCAGGAGCUUGCUGACAUCAUCUCAACCCUUGCUGCUUCCCAGACGCAGCUUCAGCGCGAGCUGGUCGCCUUGCGCCAGCAAAUCAGCGAGCAAGGUCGCGAGCGCGCCGUCCAUCUCGCUGCUGAAGAACAGCUUAUGCACGGCCAUGGUCAUCAUGCCCGCGGCAGUGCCAGUUCUCAUACUAUGCCGGGUGCGGGCCGCGAGUUGGUCAGCUAUCCUCACUCGACUCAGGCUUCCGUCUCGCACCAGCAAGCUCCUCACGUCUACGCGCAUCAGCCGCAGCAUCAGUAUGGCACUCCUGAGCAGCAGCAGGUCAUGUAUGGCCCUUCCAGCCGGGAGGAGCGCCAGAAGAUGGAGCUCAACAACCUGCUCGAUACCAUUGACGGCCUGAUGCGCUCGGGCAACUACAGUGAUGCCAUGCUUCGCUGGCUGCAGUCGGGUGACAGGACCGAGGAGAUUUUCCAACAAGUGCUCUCCAACUACAACCCCAUGUUUGCGCAGGAUCUUCCGCCGCUCGUGCUGCUGUCCGUCGGUGCUACUGUCUCCCGGGAGCUGUCACGCGGUGCGCCAAAGUUGACUAAGAAGAUCAGCCUGUUGGAAAUUAUCCUGUACUCAUUUAACCAGCAUAUUGGCAACUUAGACGACCAAGUUCGCGAUGUCACGCCCAAGAUCAUGCGGGACCUCAAGUCGCGUAUCGAGCAACUCCUCCUCGACAUCAGCCGUAUUGCGCCGCACGAUCCGUCCAUCAAGACCCUUUCUGGCCUGAGCCAGCUCGCCAGCCGCAUUGCCGAGAGCGUGCAAAGCGUGCAGGUCCGCCAUGCUUCGAUGCACGGCCCUGUCGGCCAUAUGGGCGCGUACUAG